CUUGCUAGAUAUGCAACACAAAGAAGUCCUGUCCGGUCGCCGCGCCUGAAUAUGAAGAUGGGACGAGAGGACAUAUACUCGCUCUUCAUUUCCAUUGCAGUGCGCCCUCACAGCCGCUGCCUCUACCAAAGAUGCAUCCGACAUGCAUCGACUGCGAACUCUCCGCUCCCUCCUAAACAGAAUCCCGGCCCCAAGAAACCAAGCAUCCCUCUACAUGUCGGCCUCGAUCGCAAUCCCGAUGCACUCUCUGCUAUCUCCCGCAUUCCCAUCCCUCGAGGUGAACGAGGGGAAAAAUUUAUUCCGUCAGUCCUCUCACGGCCCCUCGGCCUUGAACAUCCUCCUCUCCCAGGCCAAAACAGCCCUCUCGACCGCCGCUCCUUGCGUGAACGGAAAGACGAAUUCACAAGCUACGCGAAGGCCCUCGAGCGGCGGCGUGUCUACCUCCGCUCCUUCUUUCGGCCUUACUUCCAGGAAUGGCGCCGUACAGAACACUACAAAGGCAAAAGCUUCGUGUCAAACGAACGACUCUUCCGACGCGACAAAGCACUUUACUUUCCCAACAUAUGGGGCCAGACACUUGCGAAAGAAGGCGAUGGUCCCACCGGUGGACGAGACAUCACACCCACGAUCACAGGCAAAAUCUCACUCAUAGGCAUGCAAUCCGGCCAAUGGGCCGAAGAGCAAGUCGACACCUUCUUCAGCCCGAAACACAACCCGGAGUUGCCCCAGAUCAUCGAAGCAAGCAACGGUCUCGUCCAGCGCAUCGAUGUUAAUAUCCAAGGCGACUGGAUCCGUGCCUGGCUCGUCAAGAUUUUCAGUGGCAGGUUACGAAAGAUGAUCUCCCCAGACCGCUGGGACAAGUAUUUUAUGAUCAAAUUGCCCCGCGACAUCCGCCGCGGUCUCACAGACGAUGUGCGCGAUGCGAUGGGCCUGCUCAAUUCUCAAGUUGGUUAUGUCUAUUUAGUCGACUCGAGCUGUAAGAUCAGAUGGGCCGGGAGCGGCCAUGCUUGGGAAGGAGAAGUCGCAGGGCUCAACGCCGCCGUCCAAAGACUUGUACAAGAAGAGCAAAAGUUACAGUCGUCAUCAGCAUUAAUCUCAGCCCCCAACGCCGUUGCAAGUCGACCGCUCUCAACAAAAACGAAGCCGAAGUUCCAAAUAAAAUCCGACGAGAUCCCUGCUGCUGUUGCCGCCUAGGCAGAUGUCCUUUCAUCAGAUGGUACAGUCAUGAAUAUUGUUAUUGGUCGCAGUUUUCGGGUUUGGUGCUGGACUUUGUCAGAAACAGGCAUUUUGGACGAGAGGAUUGUACAUACCCGCACUUAGGACAAGCCUCGUCCGACUCCGCUCCGUCAAGAAUCUCGUGCAUCACUUUACACUUCUUGGGUGAUGACUUGCUUAACGGGCUCUUCGUGGAUAUUGAAGCUGCCGCCUUGUCACAUCUCGAGUGGACAUAGUAUGGAGCGGGUCGAGCUGUACCUGGACAGCAGCUCCAAUGAUAUGUGUAGUAGAUGCACAUGAGGCUUCGCUAGUCUGGGUUGGAAUUGUCGAAUGGUUCGAAGACGAUGUUGAGUGCUCAGAUUCUCAAGAGACUCUGCCGGAAUGAAUGUUGACUGGAAAUGUCGAAAAGACUCGAUGUCUCCCAAGGAUGGCGGUUUUGACUACCUCCUCCGCCGAGGAUGUUCUGUUCUGGUUCUUGUACCGUCAAGUCUGAGAUGUUGAGGAAUGAUAUAGUCCAUUCCUCAGCCCUUCUCGCCCUUUAAGACACAAUCUUGGUCUGGGCGGGAGUAUAACACGAUCAACACUCCCUUUCUUCACCGAUCCAGUGUCUUAUUGUUCAGCCGCUUGCAGCC